AUGCAGCGCAAAUCGGCCAGCACCGACAUGUGUAUCUUCAUCCAGGAGCCUGAACAGGAUGCAACGAGCGCCACGUUCCUUCUCAUGACCCUCAAGUAUCAUUACGGCUUCCUCCUGUGGGGCCUCGGAAAUAUCCAUGUCGAAUACGUCGAAUACCGUAAAUCGAACUCACUUUGGGACACGGGGCAUGAGUACCUGGUGGUGACGGUAAAGGAAUCGUCGGGAGCUGGGCGGACAGGGUAUCUUUUGGUGGACAGGCUGGAUGACGACCCUACAGCGGGUGCACUCGUCUCUUUUUCGCCAGCAAAGAGAACCAGAAGAUGGGAUCCACCCGAUGCCCGCGAAAGAGUCGUCAUCUUGUUCAACACUGACGAAGCUGUGAAUGUACAGGGUCAAUGCGCCUAUGAUGUUCUUAUGACAAUGGACCUUCGCCAGGCGCCACGACAUGUCACAUUCGAGGACUUCCUGCUCCUCGUCAAGAUCGCCUCGAGGAAAGCCCCGUCGCAUUCUCAGUGCUUUUGGCUUGCCUACACCGGCAAACAUUCUUGGCUGUGGCUGUGGACGAACCUUUUGUCUUCUGGGAGAAGCGCCGAUGGGACGGACGAUUCGAGGACGCCAGAGAUGAUAAAGUCGGAGUGGGAAGAAGCAAGAGCUGUUGCGAGCCAGGAGUUGGAUGCAUCACUACAGGCACUUCUUGCUCCAGAAUUGGCCGCACGCGAAGAGGCAGAGGAAGCGCUUCAACAAGGACAAGCCGCUUUCCAGCAAGACCUAGCAGUCCUUGAACGAGAACGGGCUGGUCGCCUACAGGCAGAGGCUCAGGUCAAUGUGCUUCGAGCGACGUUGUUAAGAAGACUCAAUGAGCUUGCUGGUAACGUGUCCACCAAUGUGUAA